CGCGCACAACACUUCGCCUUUUGUGAGUUUGCACGAAUGCGGUCGGUCGCGUUCUUUGCGAUCGCAAUGCUAGCUGCUUCCACCAGCGCUGCAGAAUGCGCCUCGAAUGACUUGACGCCGCUCCUGGACGCUGGUAUAGCGUGCAUCAAAGCGGCAAACUUGGACAUGGCAGCCUUGUUGAGCCGCGACACUGCCGUCAUGUCCAAGAUGUGCAAGCACUCUGAAUGCACCACGUUCUUCUCGAAGUCCCAAUCGCUCACCUGCACCGUGCAAGGCCAGCCAGCGUCGCUCGCUGCUCAAGCCUGUAUCAUCAGCACUGCACGUCAACCAACUCUUCCUCUCACAAACGUCGUUGUGGUCGCCGCGGCGUACGCUGCGUUGUUCCUGUAG